AUGGAGCGAGCUUCCAAAGACCUUCCAAGACGCCGUCAUGGUAUCUCGAAGUCUGGGCGUUCAAUACCUCUGGAUAGACUCUUUAUGCAUUAUUCAAGGAGAUGA